AUGGAGCCAUCAAUUGUAACCCAGCUCAUCAAUAUUCUUCAGAUCAAUCCUUAUUCCAUUUUUUUCCGUUCACUUGGAGAUCUCCCUGAUUUGGAAAAACAAAUCAUUCAUAAAAAAACAGAUGCUGGGCUUGAUCAACGUGUAUUCAAUGCCCCUACAUCCUCACAAGUUGCAGUGAUAUGGGUCGAAAAUGAUGAUAGAGAUCAACCAAGAGGGCGUAACAUUCUUGUGUAUAACAAUUCUGGUGGAAAUCAUAAAGUUCAGUAUUACUUUGGGUGUUAUGAUCCACUGCAAUAUCCAAUAUUAUUUCCUUUUGGUGAUACUGGUUGGCAUCGAGGGAUUCAAAGGAUUAGAGGAAGCAGAUCAAAGUACAGCGAAACAAACCCAUCAAUAAAUCCUCAAGAAUCAGCCACUGCAGAAGAACUACUUGCAACAAAAGAGCGAGGAUUAAACCACCAAAGAAAGUGCCCAAUAGUUUCAUGUCGCGAAUAUUAUUGCUACAAGUUGCAAAUAAGAGAAAAUGUCAGAUCAAUUUUGCUGCUUUCUGGUCGAUUAUUGCAUCAAUUUUUAGUUGAUAUGUAUGUGAAGAUCGAGACCUCAAGACUAGAUUAUUUUAGAGGCAAGCAACAACAUAUUCGAUCAGAGUUGUAUCAAGGUAUUGUUGAUACAAUUACGUUUGGGGAAACAAAUCCUUCUAAUGUUGGGAAACGGAUUAUACUCCCAUCUUCUUUUAUUGGAGAAAUUACAAAUGAACUAACUCCACACGAGGAGAGUCAAAAUAGACCUAAUUUGGUUGCUCGAGUCUUUCAUGCGAAAUUGGAAGAAUUAAAGGACCAGUUAUUCAAAAGGCAAAUAUUUGGAAAAGUGUCAGCAUAUGUCUACGUUAUUGAGCACCAAAAAAGGGGUCUUCCGCAUGCCCACUUUUUAAUUAUCUUACAAAAUGAGUGGAAACUCCAUGCACCAGAAUCUUUUGAUGAGAUCGUAUCAGCAGAGAUACCUGAUCAAAAUACAAACAUCCACCUCCAUAACGCAGUUGUGAAGCACAUGAUGCAUGGACCAUGUGGAGUAUUGAAUCCAUCAAAUGUUUGCAUGAAAGGAAAUCGUGGAUGCAAAAGUAAUUAUCCAAAGAAUUAUGCAUCUGCAAUAACUGUUGGAAACGAUUGCUUCCCAAUAUAUAGGCGCUCAAACAAUGGAAUGACUGUGAAGUACAUUUAUAAAGGUCAUGAUCGUGUCGCUUUCAACUUGGUUUCUGAAACAAACAAUCAACAAAUUGAUGAAAUCCAACAAUUCCAAUCAGCCCGAUGGAUUGCUCCCCCAGAAGCAAUGUGGAGAAUAUAUGGAUUUAUUAUCAAUGAGAUGUCCCCAGCAGUGUAUAGUUUGCAUUUACAUCUGGAGGAUCAACACCCAAUCACUUUCCAAGCAAACGACGAUCUAAUUAACAUCCACAAUUUAGACCGUUCUAGAAAAACUAUGCCAACACAAUUUUUUGCAUUAAAUCGAGUAGAUGAAAAUGCAAAGAAAUUACUAUACAAACAAAUUCCAGAAUAUUAUGUUUGGAACCAUCAACACAAAGAAUGGACUCCCCGAAAAACGAAAACAGUCAUAGGGCGUAUUGUUACAGCAAAUCCAUUUGAGGGUGAGCGUUAUUUCAUGCGAAUAUUGAUAAACCAUGUAAGGGGACCGCUGUCCUUUGAAGAUCUUAGAACAAUCGAGGGCAUUUUGGCCCCCACAUUUCGUGAGGCAGCAACAAUGCAUGGUUUGUUACAAAGAGACAGUAGCUUAGAAAACUGUUUACAUGAGGCAUCUUUAUAUCAAAUGCCAUCCAGUUUGAGGCGACUGUUCGCAACAAUAUUGGUAUAUUGUAAUCCAACCAAUCCAAGAGACCUUUGGGAACGUUUUGAGGAAGAUAUGUCAAUUGAUUUCAAAUCUUCAGAAGAUUCUACAUCGACUGCAAGAUAUCAUGUAUUAAGAGAAAUCGAUGAUGAGUUGGGUGUUGAAAUUCCAGAAGAAGAUAUUACAUCUUCAAGAUCACUUAAUAGCGAGCAACAACAAGUGUAUAAUGCAGUGUUAGAAAAAGUUUUAUCAAAUCAAAAUGUUGCAUUCUUUGUAGAUGGCCUAGGUGGGACAGGGAAAACAUUCCUAUACAGGGCACUUCUGGCAACAAUACGAUCAAGAAACUUGGUAGCACUUGCAACUGCUUCAUUAGGUGUGGCUGCAUCUAUACUUCCAGGAGGUCAAACAGCUCACUCACGCUUUAAGCUUCCACUUGAUAUUGACGAAAAAACCACAUGUUGUGUGAGCAAACAAAGUGCACUUGCAAACCUUCUUCGUGCAGCAAAAUUAAUAAUAUGGGAUGAGGCACCGAUGACAAGAAAACAACACAUAGAGGCAUUAGACAAAAUGCUACGAGACAUCAAUGAUUCUAACGUAGCCUUCGGUGGAAAGGUUGUUGUUUUUGGGGGAGAUUUUCGAUAA